AUGGUUGCUACAGCACGGCGGAGGAAUCCGCUUCUUGUUCCAUUGCUGUGGGCGACUCGUUCUUUGGCACAAGCGCGCCGAGAAUGGACGUGGAUGUGCGAAGAACUGGGGCCUUCUGUAAAAAGUCACGCUCGAAUGCUGCGGCUUCAGCGAAUGUGCAAAGCACGUGGGCGCGGUGUCCCCUUACAGUAUGUUCUGGGUUCAGAAUCAUUUGGUCCGCUGAAUCUACAGUGUCGUAAGGGGGUUUUCAUUCCCCGGUGGGAGACAUACGAAUGGGUGUUGCGCUGUUUGCCGUAUAUGAAACAAUUGUACGAGCAAGCUCACGACGACUCUCGACCUUUGGAAGUCGUUGAUAUGUGUACCGGUUCUGGCUGCAUAGCGCAGUUUGUUGCGUCUGCCUUGCAUGAUCGGGUGCAUGUCACUGCAAUAGAUGUGUCGAUGAAAGCCCUGGCACUCGCCCGACACAAUAAUCGUGAAGAGGUGUGUCGAGGCCGUGUCGGGUUCGUGCGUGCCGACGUUUUAAAGCAAGUUGAUGUAUGGCUGCCCUUUGUCGCACGGUGUGAUGUACUCUUGUGCAACCCUCCUUACAUUUCCGACGCUGAUUUGGUUCGAGUAACUAGUUCGUCUGUUCGCCGCUACGAGCCAUUGCUUGCAUUGUGUGCAGACGAAUGUGGCGAUGCGUUUUAUCGCAAGGUGCUUCGGGAGAUACAUAGGGCCGCCGUUUACAGACCGAGGUAUAUUGCGUUUGAGGUUGGAGACAAGGAGCAGGCAAAGCGCGUUGUUCAACUCGCUUCUCCGCAUUGGAAUGCUAGCAUUUGGAAAGACAGUGCUGGUCUUGAACGGUGUGUUUUUCUAGAGAGAACUACAAACAACAAUCCUCCUCAUCAGCCGCACAAAUUCCCCGUCUACUGA